AACAAAAUUUGACGUCCGUCGUCUGUUGACAACUUGCUUUAAAUGUCAUUUGCAGAUGUAGCAAAAGUUAAGUUGUAAAUAAGUAUAUUAAAUAAAUAUAUUAUGAUCGAUCCAGGUAUUUCAUCUGAAUGUGGUUAAUGUACCCUUGUGCCACUAGUGUAAAAGGAUGGCCACUAACGGCGAUAAUGGAGGAGGCAGUAAUGGUACUUUGUCGAGAAAUUUUCCUACAAGAGAAUAUGAUGCCUUAAAACAUCAGAUCGAGAAAACGAACAAUGAACUGAGUACAUCGAGAAGAAGGUGUGAUCUUGCUCUUAGUGAUCUAGAUUAUUACCGAGAACAACAUAGAGCUGUGAUGAAUCAACUGGAAGUAUCCUCGCAAGACUCAGCUUCUCUUCGUACCAAAUACGCAGAAUUGUUAAACGAAAACAAGCAGCUACAAGUCGAGAAUCAAAGGCUCUGCAAAGAGCUCGCCGAGAGAAAUGGCAACGCUACCGAAAGCCUUUUCAUGUCCCACUCUCAGGCGCUCUCGAAGUUGGAGAUCGCCCAAGAUGAGAACAGCCGCCUGGUCAAGCAGUGUGAAGUUUUCGGUCAAGAGAGGGCGCAGGCCCAAAGAGACAUUGCCGGUUUGAAACAACAGUUGGUGAAGAUCUGUAAGGAUUAUGCGAAGUAUCGGGAAGCCCAUCAGAAGCUGCAGCAACAGUAUGACGAAGCUGUUAAUGUUACUAUCAAAGCUAAUAAGGACAUCAAAAGACUUACCGAGGAAAGGAACGCUACUACUGCCGAAUAUACUCUAGUUAUGAGUGAAAGGGACACGGUGCACAAGGAAAUGGAGAAACUCAGCGACGACUUGACACAGUCCGUCAAAAAGAUAAAACUCCUAGACGUAGCCAACAAGGAAUUGCAGGAGGAAAAAAGGAAUCUCACAUAUCAACUAGAAUCUCUCCGACGCGAAAUAGCCAGUGCUCUACACGAACGGGAUAAAGCCAUCAAAGAUUGCAACGAUCUCCGUGAGAAAUUCGGUGAGUUCAGCGUCACGUCAGAAAAUGGAAUGUUGAUGCUGGGAGACCAGACGAAGAUAUCUCGUGGGCGCUUGAUAGACAGCUUGGGCGCCAUCGGUGAUGGCCAAGGCUGCAAGGAACACUUGCGCGAGAACGUACAUUCGAUCAAUCAAAGACGGUUGGACAACUUAGAUCAGGCCAACCAGGAGUUAGAAAAUCUCAGGAAGAGUUUGGACAAGGCUCAAACCGAACUUUCCGAGGCUGUCCAGGAGGCAGAGGUGUCCAAAGGUCGUCGUGAUUGGGCAUUUAGCGAGAGGGACAAAAUCUUCCUCGAACGUGAAAGUAUUCGAACGCUCUGUGAUAAUAUGCGCAAGGAAAGAGAUAGAGCUGUCUCUGAACUUGCUGAAUCUCUACGUGAAUCUGACGCCGUUAAAAAACAGCGGAACGAACUGGUAAAGGAGGCGAAAGCUCUAAGGGAAACGGUGGAGAUGCAUCUCGAGAGGGAGAGAUUAAACGGCUACGAUUAUUUGCAAGAUUAUUCAAGACCACACACCGAAGUCGUGGAACUAGAACUUACGGCAGCUGAUGAGGAAGGUUUGGAGUUUGCCAGUGGAAGAGAAUUUUCAGGUGAUGGAUACGUAUAUGUAGCCUCAGUGGCUUCAGGCUCAUCCGCCGAGGGCAAACUUUUCCAGCACGACCGAAUCCUCAAAGUAAACGACAUCGAUUGCAGUCAAGGUUCUCUGCGUAUGGUGACAGAAGCUAUUAGGUCCAGUAUGCCUCUGGCUAGAGUCUUGGUCAAACGGAACCGGUGCCUUAGGAACGAAGUGAACAAUGACCAGGUCACCAAAUGGAUCCAUACUGCCAGAUUGGUGCCAGGCUGCCAUGGUUUGUCACUCAAAAUGGGAGUGUAUAUCAAUAGGAUAAGCGAAGGAAGUUUGGCUGCGAGAGAUAAGAGUUUGACGGUGGGAGACAGAGUUCUCAGGAUAAAUGACAAAUCAAUGGACGAUAUAGAAAGCACCCAUGAAGCAAUGCAAAUUUUGAACAGCGACUCUGGUGACGUCAUCAACAUAACAACGUUGAAGAUGAGCUAUCCGGAAUGUCCCAACGUUUUUACGCCUGUUAGGAGACACAAAAAAGAGAACCGCAGCUCCCAGACAGAGGAUUGGAUGUUGCAGGAUUAUAAAGAGAAAAACCAUAGUGGUGCUUGGCUAAAGGAAAAAUUGGAUAUGAUGCGAGGCCCUUGGCGACAUUCUAAAGAAGACAAGAAGAAAUACAGAAACAGUUCACCUAAUCCUAUAGAUUAUGGACACGAGCAAGCCAUAGCAGAACUGGAUUUAGUCCUGGAUAGUUACCACCAUGGUACAGUCAAGAGAUCUGCAAUUACAAAAAAGCACUUUCCGCAAACGAAAGAAGAAAAGAACAACGGAGGCACCUGGCCAAAAGCGAGAGCAGCUCCGAUCAUCACUCAGAACGGAGGAACAGUCGUGACGAGGACUAAAGAGAGACCACCACUGUCGCUGCUAGCGCCAAAAAGUAAUCACCAGUUGCAGGAAACGUACAACUAUCGAAACUCGACUCCUGUGCCUCUAUCUCUUGUUUCUCCUACUCCGAUUCAGCCGAACUACGCGAGGCAUUCUGUAUACAAGAGCGUCGAUAACUCUCACCAUUUUGGUAUGGUGACUGACUCGUUUGAGAGGUUGAGGUCUGCGAAUAAUAGGCUGAGCGUUAAUGUCAAUUCUGAUAAUAGUUUGGAUUUUCCCGUACAUCGGUUUGUGGACAAAGAAGUUAUGACGUACUGCAAGAAAAAUAAUAGAUCAGUUCCCAAAUACGGAUCCGACUCAGAGCGCGAGAGCCUCACCGGAGGCCAUCCAGAGAUGAAUCACUCCCAUUCGAGGGGCCACAGUCAACUGUUCGUAUCGCCGAGGUUUCAUUACCCGUACCAGCCGCAUCACAUCCACCAACUCAACCAAUCGCGAGAGAGUUUCAGCUUCGAGCCAUUUCAUCACGUCCACAGUCCAUCAGCAGAUGUCGCCACUUCUCGCAGGCAGCCGGAUUUACUGGAAUCGGGGGGAACGUUUCCGAGGAAGAACCAAAGAAUACGUGUCCCCUCAAAUCCUAGUGUGACGAGUAAAGUGAGUACUGGAAGCAUCGAAAGAGGCAGCUCAGAGAGAGGCAGUCCCAUGCCCAUAUUUCACGUCGAAGUCCUCAGCAGUCCCGGAGACCACUCCGGCGCUUCGACCGCGAACCCAAAGGAUUACUGCCGCUGGGGCCACAAGCCCGUCCCGGGGGAGCUUCGUCGAGUCCACAUCGACAAAUCGAACGAGCCGCUCGGGAUCCAGAUCAACUGUCCCGAAACGGGAGGGAUCUUCGUGUCCACGGUGAGCGAAAACAGCUUGGCGAGCAGAGUGGGCCUUCAAAUAGGCGAUCAGCUGUUGGAGGUGUGUGGGAUUAACAUGAGGAACGCAACUUAUAACUUGGCAGCGAAUGUUCUACGGCAGUGCGGCAACUCGAUCACGAUGUUGGUUCAGUAUAGUCCCGAUAAAUACCACGAACUUGGAGGUGAUACUGGAACUUGUUCAGGUUCGACUUCCGAAUCGGAGGAAGAAGAUGAAGAAGUGGACGGCGAAGCCACACCAUGUAAUUCACCGAAAGAAGUGCGCAAGAGCUCUUCUCUACAAUUAAAACCCUCACAAUUGAUGGUUAUACAGCGCCAAGCGCAAAACGUUUCCAACAAUAGUAAUUCUAGGGGCUCUUCUGAAGAACCAAGAUACCUAUGCAUAGAAACGCUAAAAACGUCAAAUCUGGGGAUAUCUUUAGUAGGUGGCAACGCUGCCGGCAUAUUUAUUCACUCGGUUCAACCUGAUUCGCUAGCGUAUCACGCCGGUCUCAGAACCGGGGAUCAGAUACUCGAGUACAAUGGUAGUGAUCUCAGAGCAGCUACGGCGGAAGAAGCUGCUUACGAAUUGGCCAAACCUGCCGACAAAGUCACCGUUCUUGCUCAUUAUCGUAUUGACAAAUACAACGAAAUCAAAGACAAACCAGGAGACAGCCUUUAUGUCAGGUGCGGUUUCGAUCGCAGCGGUAACGAAAUGACAGAACCACCUCAGCUGUCGUUCUCCAAAGACGAAGUUCUCUACGUCGACAACACGAUGUUCAACGGAGUACCAGGUCAGUGGCGUGCCUGGAAAUUGGACGGGGAGGGUCAUCGGCAGCAAUGUGGCGUGAUCCCGAGCAAAUACAAAGUCGAGGAGGAGUUACUGUUGAGACGAGGUGCUGGCGACCCUUCAGAAGCUCGAUCAACAGCUACAGCCCGUCGUAGUUUUUUCAGAAGGAAAAAACACCAAAGAGGUGGAAGUGGCAGUUCUGGUUUAAGUACUUCUAGAGAUUCGAAGGAACUGGCCAGUUUUUGUAACCUUUCGCCUGGAUGGUACUCUGAUUCAGGCUCGCUGCACGAGGACUUAUCCCAAUCGUCGUACCAACGCGUCGAACGACUACAAUAUCCAGAAUUCCGUCCAGUGAUCGUCCUAGGUCCUCUAGCUGAGUGUGUAGCCGACAAGUUGGUGCAAGACUUUCCAGAUAAAUUCAACAGAGCUUCAUCAGAAUCCAGACGGUGCCCUCAGAAUCAGCUGGAUAGAGAAUUGGCGGAGGGGUUGAUCUUAGAGUAUCGCCGGCGAGGGUCUUGUUAUGAGUGUAUAACAAUUUCCGCUGUGAGAUCGGUGGCCCAGGCUCGCUUGCACUGCAUGCUAGACGGUUCGAUAACCAUGGUGGAACGGCUCCAUCGGCACCACAUCUACCCUCUGGUGCUACUGAUCAAAUUCAAAAGCACCAAACAGAUCCGCGAGGUUAAGGACGCGCGGUACAGCAUCGACAAGUUGUCGGGGAAAGCCGCCAAGGAGAUGUUCGAGCACGGGCAUAAGCUGGAGUUGGAGUACCGACACCUGGUGACCGCUGUCGUGUCGGCGGGCGCUAACGUGGCUCAUAUUUGCGCCCAAGUCAAGGCUGCUAUAGAUGCUGAACACAGGAAGAGUCAAUGGGUACCUACUGCUGCGCUGCAUUAAGCUUUUUCUUCCUCGUAGCAUGGAAAUAUAUCAGUGAAAGGGUUCUGUAAAAGGUAUAAUUAUAUAUCAAUUGGAGAUUUAAAGGUGAAUUAUAGAUCGGCAGAAAUAUCUGGAACUGCCAAGGUCAGAUGGAUCAAAAAUUAUGGUUACGCGACGUUGCCAGAUCAAUCUGGUUUCAAAGAUUUUUUUUUUAGUUGUUACCUGUUUCACAUUAGAAUUUCUUUCUGUUUCCUCCUGCGUAAAUUUUAAAACAUUGUGUGCAAUUUCACGGGAUUGUGUACUUAUUGUCCUAUUUUUCACGGCACUUGUAAUAAUGUUUAUUAAAAAAACAUUCAAUGUAUUCUAAAUAAACAACUAUUCGGCUAUUGUAUGCACAAUGCAUUUUAAAUGGAUGUUUACUCUUUGCACGUUCAACUGAAGUCCCCUCUACUUGAUUUGCUACGUGUGUGACCUUCGCCGUUUCAGAUAGUUGUGUACAAUUGUAAAAAAGGAAGGAAAAGUAAAAAAAUUAUUUCUGAUGAAUUCUUGAAAGCCUUGAGGGCUUUAAAACAAGAAGAAUUAGCUACUACAGUAAUAAUUAAACUUUUUGUCCAAUUCAUACAUAUAUAGGGUGUCCCGGAUAAUAGUGCGUUCCUUAAAGGUGUAGGUAGAGGUCACCAACAAAAAACUCUUAUAACAUUGUUUUCUAAAUGACCGUUUGACCAAAAAAUUAAAAUACAUUUUGGUAUGCAAAUUAAAAUCUGGCAACUACGCGAAGUACGAAAAUUUAAACUUAUGUCAGUUCCAUGUUUAGUGAACAGAUAGUUUGGAAGAAUCCUGUUUAGUGUCAAUGCCUAAAAUGUUUUCGAAUCGUGAGUCCCUUACCCAUUAUGUUAUUAUGUGGAUUAUUUAUGGCAGAUCACUAAAUGGAGAGGCAUACUAUAAUUAUUAUUUCUUUCUAAAUGUUUUGCCUGUAUUUCUCGUCGUAUGAAUGUAUGUGUUCGUGAAAGUGGGUUACUUUGAACAUUUAUUAGGCAUAAUAAUUAUUUUCAAGAAAGUACAAUUUAAUUAUUUUAAUUCACAAGUAAAAAAAAAUGCUGAUACAUUAGGCUUGUUCUAGCAUCAGUUACUGAUACAUUAGGUUUGUUCUAGCAUCAGUUUCAAACGGUUUGAAACCAUCAGCGAAUAGGGGACCAGCGCGAGUAGAGGGGAUAGCACUGGUGACUGUAUUAUGUUCUCUCAGUCUCUCACUGACCAACUGUUUGCUGACGGUUUCUGACUAGUUUGACUGUUUGCUAGAACAAACCUAAUAUUUUGUGCAUUUAAGUUACACUGUAAACUCCAAUGUAAUUCAGUUAAAGCCCUCAGCAUUCAACACACUUAAAGCUUACUAAAUACAUGAUACUAGUUCAAUUAAAAAAUGUUUUUUUAUGUUGAAAGAUGUAUAAUUCGCUUAAAAUUAUGCAAUAGGUAUUUCAAUACAUUUCAAAUAGAAUAAUUUUAGUAAACAAAUAGUAAAUACAUAAGUACUAUGAAUACUGUAAAUCACAAACGAGUUCUUAUUAUCUGUUAUUAUUUCGUAGUGCGUACGAUGUUGCCAGGUGAUUUAUUAAAUACAGGUACAUAUAUGGAAAACAAUGUAAUCUUUUUUUUGGAAACGGUUAACUUUAGAAAAAAAUGGUAUCGGACUUUUUGUUGUAAAUUGUGUAUUCUAUCCAUACCUUAAAGGAACGCACUAUUUUCCGGGACACCCUGUAUAAGAGGUAUGUAAUGAACUAGUUGUCCAUUGAUGUUGGUUUGAAACAUCAUCUUGUAUUAUAUUUAAGGAAUUCUUUGUUCAGGACGAAUACUUCUGUUUAAAUCUAGGUUUCUCCUUGAUUAUUAUUCAAUUGUGUGAUAAAAAUACGAAAUAUGAAAAAUUUCUAAUUUUGAGUUAAAUUUAAUUUGAAAAUAGGGGGCUGACAUAUAUUACAAAUAAUUUUUUCGUAAUGAAAAUCGAAAAUUAUACAACAGAGUUAUGGUAGGGGAGCAAAGUAUGCUAAAUGUGCAGUCACUCGAGCGCUUUGGGGACCUAUUGGGAUGUGAAGAGUAGGUCUUAAAAUCAAAAAAAGUUAAGUAAAGUUUUCCAUUUUAGCGGGCGCUUGUCAUUUUUUAAUUUAAUUUUCCAUUUCCAACAAUCGUUUUUUCCGAUUAUAACGCCAUCUAUCCAUAAUUCAAAAAAAAAUUUCGAAUAAAAGUUACUUAUUUUUACGUAAGGAAUCCAAGUCUGCAAUAAAAAAUGAGGGUUCCUAUUUAAGAUUUUAAAGUAGCCCCCCACCCCACCUCCGUAGGGGGUCGUGUUUGAUGCCAUUCGAUAGAUUUUUCAAAAAUAUUGAAUAAGUGUAUUUUACAGUUUUUCGAUCUGAUCUUCAUUUCGCGAAAUAUCGCGGGAUUCGUAUUUAAAAUAUUAAAUUUACCCCCACCCCUCUCCGUGGGAAGUCAUGUUUGGUAUCAUUCGAUAGAUUUUUAAAAAAUAUUAAGCACAUAUUUUUUAGUUUUUCGAUCUGUCAUUCAUUUCGCGAAAUAUUCGCUCUUUUCUUGUGAAAUUUUGGGACCCACCCAUUUCCUUAUGCCCGGCUCAAAUCGUCAGAUUUUUUAAAUAUACACUCUUUUGCAUGUGCUUAACUUACCUUAUCUUAAUCUGACAAUUUCGAGUUUUUUUAAGGAUAGAUUUUUUUUUUCGAGCCCCCCUUUACGAACUCCCCUGUGUUAAGAGCCGAUAUAUGGUAGAGGUACAUCUGCAGGGUACCAGAUUUCUCCCCAUAUGAUAAUCUGACGCGCUCGAGUAACUGCAAAAAUCCCCGCUUGGGCUCCCCUACCAUUACGUUGAUUUUUACAUUUUUUACAAUAGAUAUAUAGCAUAGAAAUAAUUUAGUAUAUUAUUCAUCGAGCAUAUUAUAAUGAUGGCUAUUACUCGCGAUGAUGAAGUUUACGACACGAGCCGUAGGCGAGUGUCGUAAUUCAUCAGAGUGAGUCAUAGCCAUUACAUGCGACUAGAAUACUAUACUUUUCCUACGAUCUUUUAUUUUAAUUAGUAAAAAAAUAUAAUCAUCAACUACUCGAGAUUAAUAUUGUAAUUUACAAAAAUAAAUGUUGUUUACCAAUAGUACGCGGCUGAAUAAUUGGUUGCCUACUAUUAGCAAAUAUUGUCUUAUGUCUUGUAAAAAUACAACAAGAAAUAGUCAAUUCAAGUUCUCUUCGUUUCCGAAAAAUUAUAAGCACAAAUUUGUACUUACUGUCAAUGUAAUAUAUUAUAGGAAAUGGCUAUUAUCGGUGGACGUAUUUUAAAAAGUUAUAAUGUACAUUUAUAUUUAACUAUAUAUAAUAUAAUAUAACUGUAUUUAUGUUAUAAUAUAUUUAACACAAUAUAACUUUAUAAAAUAAACACAAUAUAAGUUAUAAAUUCCAAUAAACACAACAAUUGCGCUAAUGUCACUGUCACUGAAAAUUAUAAACGUCAAAAUUCAUAGUAAACAAGGUAUAAACGUAAAAAAUAUACUGACCCGUUGUUACAGUUAAAAAUUGGUUAAAAAAGUUUCGAAAUUAAUUAUUGAUAUAAAUUACAAUACUUAUUGUAUUAAAUAAACAAGUUUAAGUAAUUUCAUUUGCGGUUUAUAUGCAUACAACUAAUAUAUUAAAAGUGGCAUGCACCACUUGAACCUAACUUCAACCCGUGAGUAAUGAACUAUUACUCACGGGUAAAGUAAUUGGCGGUAUUAUCUAUUCAACAAUAGUGAAUAAUGAGUAUUUUAUUAAACCGUCUUGGAAAAUAGUUAUUUGUAUUGCUAACGUAGCUCUUGUUAACUAAAUUGUUUAUAAUCCAUGAAAGUUCCCUAAAUUUCAAAUCUAGGCAACCAGUUAAACAUAAAAUUUAACGAUAAUUUAACUGGUUACCUAACCAAUGUUUUGUGAUAUUUUAAUAUACUCCCGUUGAUAUAUAAUCAUUAAUUAGUUGUAUUGUAAUUGUCAAUCGUUGAAAACUUUAGUCGUCGUUGUUGUUCCUAUACAAACAAGCAAUAAAUGUCAUUUUAGAUCAACUUUUUCACUUAGAACUUUUAGAAUAUUGUUAUUUAUAACUCUUUUGAAAAUUGUCAUCGUUUAUACGUCUUUUGCGACUGGACUUUAUACAUCGUUCAUCUUUUAUAGGACUUUUAUAUCGUUAAGUAUUAAGUGUCUUAUGUACUACAAUAGCCAAGAUUUGUAAUGUUUAUUAAAAUAUGUCGUUGAUAUUAGCUGAUAA